CUCUUCCUGGCUGCCGGCCAUGGGAAACUCUGUGAGCAGGCCCAGCUGCCUGGGGGAGAAAAGCCCCAGAUCGGAAGACUUCCGGAAGGCCCCAGGCGAGGCCACCCGAAACAAUGAGGAGGACCGCGCAGCGCCUCUGGAGAAGGCUAUCCACAGCCCCAGGGUGAUCGAGAAUGGCUGGAACAUGGCCCUGGAGGGGGCCGGCAAGAGCAGCCCCCUCCCCAAGCAAAACAAUAUGGACGCUAAGCUGCAGAACCGCCCCCCCCUCAAAGCUCCGCCGGAGGGAACCGUGGCCACCUGGACCCCGCUGAAGAGCUUGGGGAGCAGCUGGGGCUGGAGGCCGCGCACCACCAGGGAGGUGACAGAGGUGACGGAGGUGACGGAGACGGUUGUGACAGAGAUCGUGGAAGUGACGGAGUACCCUGGGGGGGACCAGCCCCAAGAGGCCUUGGUGGCCAGGACGGUGAAGGUGCUGGCCGACUUCACAGGAGCACUGCCCGAGGCAGCAGCCUUUCCGGGCGAUGUGCAGAGCACUGGGCUGACCCAGGAGAUGGUGGGGAAGCUGCUUGCCUGGGUCAGUGAUGUGGAGGACCUCGUGGCCCACCAGAAACCUCCUUCUGGGGAAGCCAGAGUCGUGAAGGCACAGCUGCAGGAGCAGAAGCUUUUGCUGCGCCUGCUGGAGGAGCGCACGUCCCACGUAGAGCGCCUUGGUCCGGGGAGCCAGACGCCACCUGCCGAGCUGGUCAGUGCAGCUGAGGGACAGGAGCAGCCUGGGGGCCUCGCCAGCCUUCAGGAGAAGUGGGCGAUCCUGGUCCGGGAAGCCAAAGCCAGGCACAGCUCCCUGCAGCAGAUCCUCCCUGCUGCUGACAUCUUCCAGGAGUCGGUUGAUUCUUUCCAAGACUGGCUGAGCUUCACGGAGAAGAAACUGACCCAACUCUGGCGAGCCCAUGGGAGCCUAGCACUAACGCAAGAAGCCCACCGGCAAAUUCAGGAUCUGUGCAAGGAAGUUCAGUCCAAGCCAGCAGAACUGGAGCAGGCCCUGGGACAUGGACAGUACCUCUUGAAGAUGGUGCCAGGAGGAGAGGCCCAUCUUGUCCAGGGGAAGAUGGACUCCCUGCAGAUGAGGCUGCUGCUGGUGGGGCAGAGGAGCAGCGAUACCCUGCAGCGACUGGAGCAGGCCUUAGAAGUGUCCUCCCAUCUGGACCCUGCCCAGGAGGGCCUGGCCCUGUGGCUGGAGCACAUGGAGAAGGAGCAGUCAGUGCCAGGAGAAGGCCCCUGCCCCCUGGCACCUGCAGACAGAGACAAGCUGGAGCAGGGGCUGCGGUCUGAGCUGGCCGCUGUGUCCCAGCUGAGCUCGCGCUUGGAGGAGUUGAGCCAAGUGCACCUGAACAUCCAGGCCACCUGCCUGGCACUUGCUGAACAGAAGCGCCUUUCCGCAGAAAGCCUUCGGCAUCAGGGCGUGGUAGAAAAGCUGGUGGGGAUUGCUGGUCCGCUGCUCAGCUUCUGCCCUGCAGACAUCCACAAGCGGUUCCAGGUGAGGGAAACAAAGGAGGGACGCGGGAGGCAGGUGCCCAGGGCUGUGGCCCUGUCCAAUUUGCAGAGCAUCCUUUCCGCCAGCAGCCUCAAACUCUUCCCGGAUAACGGGCAGGGCCGUUCCCAGGCAUCUCCAAAGGGCCUGCACCACGCUUGGCCUCCAGCUGGGAACGAAUCCAGCGACCUUAUCCGCCAGAUGCGCAGCGAAUUCCGCUGCGCUAAACCCCGAGCCCCCCUUACCCAGGAGGGUCCAGGGAACCCUGGACAGGGCCGCCGGGCAGCACUCUGUGGAC